CAGCUCUUCUGUUUUUUCAUAUGCAGGUGCAGCUGGGACAAGCAGAUAUAAAAUGCCCGAUCACAGAGUGCAGCGAACACCUGGAUGAAACAACUGUCCUCUAUAACCUGCCCCACGAGGACAUUAUCAAGUAUAAAUAUUUCCUGGAACUCAGCCGCAUCGACUCCAGCACGAAGCCAUGCCCUCAGUGCAAGCACUUUACAACCUUCCGGAGGAGAGGCCACAUUCCUACCCCUGCCAAAUUGGAGAACAAAUACAAAAUCCAGUGUCCAUCUUGCCAAUUUGUCUGGUGUUUCAAGUGCCACUCUCCCUGGCAUGAAGGUGUUAACUGCAAAGAGUACAAAAAGGGAGACAAGCUGUUGCGUCACUGGGCCAAUGAGAUUGAGCACGGGCAGAGGAAUGCUCAGAAGUGUCCAAAAUGCAAGAUCCACAUCCAGAGAACAGAAGGGUGUGACCACAUGACCUGUUCCCAGUGUAACACUAAUUUCUGUUACCGCUGUGGGGAGAGAUACCGCCAGCUCCGUUUCUUUGGAGAUCACACAUCAAACCUCAGUAUCUUUGGAUGCAAAUACCGCUACCUCCCCGAGAGACCACACUUGAGGAGAUUAGUGCGAGGCUCUGUCUGUGCUGGAAAGCUACUCAUUACACCCCUAAUACUGAUUCUGGGACUGGCACUGGGAGCCGUAGCUGUUGUAGUAGGUUUAUUUGUGUUUCCUAUCUAUUGCCUUUGUAAAAAGCAGAGGAAGAGGUCACGGACAGGUAUGCCCUGGUAAGGAUGGGCCAUACUCACUGAACUGAGCUGGUCCUGCAAAGGACUAUACACGAUUUGUGCAACAGAGCAAUACAGUGCUGGUAACGGCAUCACAGCCAUCGCCCUGGAAGAAGAGUGGGGGAUCUCCUGCAUCUUCUCUCAGCUGAAACACUACUGCAGACCAGAAAGCCUCUUUGCUCUGGUGCACUCUGAACAGGAUGGGCCCCCUGACUGCUGCUUUUAAAAUAUUUUUUCUAUUAUUAUUACUUUGAAGAGGUUUUUUGAAAGAUUUAAGUCUAAGUUCAUGAACUAGACAAUCAAAGUCUGUAUUUUAGCCACAACUCUACUACCGAUUUGGCCUGUGAAGAAAUCAUUUAACUGCUAACGUGUUCCAUUUAACUUCAGUGUUCGCCUUUAAGGGGGGAAAUGCUUAGAAGUGUUUGGACUCUUACUGUAUACUGAGCAUACUACUUUUGGUAUUAAAUACUACUUCUGUAAAUAACUUCCAUCACACAGCAUUCUGUUCAGCAUACCAAAACCCCAUCACAUGCCAGGAUAUGACAGCUGGUUAUCUUCUGAGUUGUCCUACUAGAGAGCAAGAGUUUAGAUUAUGUUUGUGCAGCAUGGAUUGCCACAGCCAAAUAACAGUGCCUCAGAAAUAUUUUUACUAUUAUUGAGACUUCAUGAUACUUACAAAUAUGCUGGUUGGUUUUCCUUUUGUAUUUACUUUUUGGAAGUCUGUUAAUAUUGAUUAGAAAUGGCCAGAGGAGUUUGCCAGAGGAGUACAGCAUUUUGAACCUCUCUCAGUACAAGAAAAGAUUUCAAGGGUUUAGAUAACAAGAAGUAACUUGAGACAGAACAGGCAAUUGAUAUCCGCUGAAAUAUGACACAGAACAUACAAGGAAAUGAAUUUGAAGAGAAGCUGGAAACCUGUUCUUCUAUUCUGAACUAGCAUAUAGUACAUAAUCUACACACUAGGUGUGUGUGGAAGAUUGACUUAACGAAAUCCUAUAACCUAAAUAGCAUGUACACUUGCUUUGUAAGUAGCCUACGUAAGUUUUAGAGCAUCCACUGGUGUUUCAUGAAGAAGAUUUUGAAUUCUGGUUAAAGGAAGUGAUCGUUAAUUAUUAGGAGACCAUUUCAUUCUUAUUCUCUACUUCCAGUGUCAAUGUUCCUGGUGUGUAACAGAUCUGAAGAGAAUAGCAAUCCAUGACCUUUAUUCCUGAACUUCAGAGUACCUCUGUUCGUCACUGGACUUCUUUCUCAUCACUUCACUACAAGGGCAAUGUAAUUUGGAGUUGAGACUAAAUUUUUCAUUUCUAGUUAUAAUCAAAAUGUAUCAUACAAAUACAACUUAAAAGAAAAUAAUGAAGUUGUGUUAACUGUGAUACACCAAAGUGAGAAAAUUAGGAAAAUACCUACUUAUAUUAAAAAGAGCUGUGAUCUUGAAGGUUAGAUUUGUAGUGUGAAGGUACUUUUUGAAUGUUUGAAGACACGUACAUGUGUAUAUAUAUAGAUGCAUAUUUAUGUGGGAGGGGGGAAAGGAAGAUAAUCAGUGCCCUAAGUCUACAGACUUCAAAAUUAACACUCAGAAAUAGUAUAUCUUUUGAGAGGGUUUACUUUGUACCUCCUUCUCCGAAAGUUAUUACACCUGAAUCUAGUUGUAACUUUUAAGUAAACAGUCCAUUUCCCCACCAACAUAAUACUCUUAUCAUAAGAUACUCACUCUGACUUCAAAGCCUCAGCGGAAGAACUGAUGAAUUCUGUUUACUUAGAAACACAAAUAUCAGCUUACUAUAGUUGGCUAGUAUGUGUCUUUUUCAGACAGCUUCUGGUUUUGUUUCCUGGUUCUUUUUUCCUUUUGUUGAAACCGUGAACGCAAGCAUACUGUAACAGUCAACAGUACUUAAUUUUUUGUUUGAACUUAAGGGCGUGUUAACCCUGUUGUUCUGUCAGUUGAAAUAGUACCUUUGUAAGAUGUGUUAAUUAAGAUGGGAAGCAAUGACAUUUAGAAGUAAAGUUCAAAUACUAUUCUCAAUGCAAAUGCACCUGCUAAUUAGAUUUCUUCUUCUAUAACUCAUCACUUUUCUAGUUCUGUUUUAUCAGCAGGUUGGAAGCUGCCUUAAAAUCAAGUCUUGGUUUUGAGUGUUUUCUGAGACCAUACAUAUCGGUUGUCUUUGGCUUACUCAGGGAUUCUUAUUCCUUUGUUUAAAUGUCAAAUAAUGAUAAUAUUUUUGUAUUAUUUAGAAAAUUUCAGACCUCAGAGAGUGAGAGAUGCAUUUAUAUAUACAUAAAUAGAUUUCAUUUUGCAAUACCUGUAAUAUCAUGUCGAACUAUUCCACUUGAGAAUGUUUUAGUACUUGAGGUUAUCUGUAACUAUACAAUGUGUUAAUUUCCUUUCUUUUCCUGAUUCCUUAUAAACUAUGUGAGAUACUA